AUGGACCAGCGAGGAUGACAACCUGGGCGGAUUGAUCCUUCCCCAGCCUCCCAGUGCGACGCCAGCAAGAGGCUGAAAGGAAACCCAGCAUUCUGCAGAGAAGUACCUUUUCUUCCUGGCCCUCACAUCGGCAGCUGAUCCCAGGGGCCCGGACGAUGGAGCCAGGCUUGCUGAUGUGGGGAUUCUUCGUAUUCAUCGUCGUACCUGGCUGCGUGACAGAUGCUUGUCUUGAAGACCCACCGAGUCUCAGAAACGCCAUGUUCAAGGUCCUCAGGUAUGAGGUGGGCACCAUGAUAAACUGCGACUGCAAGAAAGGCUUCCGCAGAAGGUCGCCCUUCAUGCGCUGCACAGGAAACUCCAGCCACUCUGCCUGGGAAAACAGAUGCCACUGCGACAGCACCUCCUCCCCUAAGACUCCAGGAAAACAAGUUACUCCUGGACUCAAAGAACAGAAUGAAGAAACGACCACAGAAAUGCAGAGCCAAAUGCAGCCCACAGGCCAAGCUAACCUUCCAGGUCACUGCCAGGAGCCUCCACCAUGGGAAUAUGAACGUGAACCUUUGAAGAGAAUUUACCAUUUCAUGGCGGGGCAGACAGUUUACUACCAGUGCAUUCAGGGAUUCAGGCCCCUACAGGGAGGCCCUACCAAGAGCACCUGCAAGAUGAUCUAUGGGAACAUGAGGUGGACCCAGCCCAAGCUUGAGUGCAUAAGUGAAGGGGAGAACAGUCAGUUUCCAGGUGAUGAAGAGCCUCAGGAGAGCACGGAUGCUCCCCCUGGCAGUGAAACUGAUUUUCCCUUAACAACGAGGAUGGCAGGUACCACAGAUUUCCAAACACCCACAGAAGUGGCCGCGACCAUGGAUACGUUCAUAUUUACAACCGAGUAUCAGAUCGCAGUGGCCGGCUGCAUCCUGCUGCUCAUCAGCAUCUUCCUCCUGACCGGCCUCACCUGGCAGCAGAAAUGGAAGAAGAAUAGAAGGACAAUCUAGAAAACCAAGGGCAAGAAGAACCCGCAGAUGUCAUGGACCACAAUCAAAAUCAAGGCAGCUGAACACUCAUCCAAGAGGCAUCGCCUGAUCCCAUGGGUUCUGCAAAGCUCUGAAGUCACAUCACAGGACACCAGGCACCUGCAACCCCAUCGUGAAGCCAGCUCUGUAGUAUCAAUGAGCGAGCUUGACCUGCACGUAGGCAGCAAGUCCAAGGUCACUGGAGGAACAGGGAGGAAAAACCAGAACUCUUG